CUCAGGGAAACAAGGUUGACACAUAUGCUGACUCGGCUUUAAGAAGUAACAGCUUCAGAUUGUUAAUUAAUUAAUUGCCGAGUUAGCAUAUUUAUAAUUUAUUGCAUGUUUCUCCUCUUGCCGAUAACCACAAUCUCCAUUUGCCGUAUGGUGUCAAUUUAAUAGUUAAUCCAUAAUUUGUAGCUUUGUUAAUUUAUUAUAAUAUUUAUUUGUUGGAGUUAAGUUCUUAAAAUGACGACAGAUUUAAAACAUCCGAGUAAUAAAACCAGACUAAAAUUUAUUGGAAAUGCUUUGGGAGUUUUUGUGUGCUUCUUUUUCUACGGGAUUCUACAAGAAGCAAUCACUAAAGGGACUUACACAAUUGAUGAGGAGACCACAGAAAAAUUUGUGUACACCUUGUCUCUCGUCUGUGUCCAGUGUGUCGUCAAUUAUUUCUAUGCAGAAAUAUUGCUCAAAACAUGGCAAAAGCCUAAAUCUACCGAUGCAAAGGUGGAAGUUAAGCUGUACGGAGUAUGCUCUCUUACUUAUUUGCUGGCUAUGGUUUCGAGUAACAUGGCUUUGCAAUGGGUCCCUUAUCCAACUCAGGUCAUUGGGAAAUCUUGCAAGCCAAUCCCGGUCAUGAUUCUCGGAGUCUUACUCGGAGGGCGGAGCUAUUCUUUGCGGAAAUAUCUGUUUGUCCUCUUAAUUGUCCUGGGAGUCGCUUUGUUCAUGUACAAGCCAAGAAAUUCCCCGUCAUCCCUAGUGGCAAAUGCGACCAUGACUGGAGAGCUGCUUCUAAUAAUGUCACUAUCGAUGGACGGUCUAACUGGUGCGGUACAAGAGAGGAUGCGACACGGGUCGCAACGACCAAAUUCUGCGACCAUGAUGAAGAUGAUGAAUCUAUUUUCUAUUGUGUACUCCUUUUCUGCAAUACUUUUAACGGGAGAAAUUUUUACAUUCUCCCAGUUUUGUGUCCGACAUCCGGAAGUAUUGUGGAAGAUUUUCAGUUUCUCUGUGAUGUCCGCGCUAGGACAAUUCUUUAUCUAUGUCCUUGUCACCGACUUUGGACCACUGCCUUGCUCUAUUGUAACGACUACUAGAAAGUUUUUUACAGUUUUGGCUAGUGUCAUCUUCUUUGGAAAUGUUCUGAGUGAAACGCAAUGGUUGGGCGCACUACUAGUUUUUGUUGGGUUAGGAUUAGAUUCUGUUUAUAUGUAACUAUAUUGGAGUUGGAUUUAUAUCAUGAUUGUACAAUUAAUUAUUAUAUAACGAAAUUAAAAAUGGGUAUAUUGGAAAUC